UCGCGCAUUUAAAAUUACUUUGGCCAUUGAAUAAAAAGGAGUACCUAAUAAGUAGUGCAGAAUAACUCACGCAUUGAAGAUUGGCAAAUUGAUAUCAGUUCCAUCAAAACUCUGAGUUAAUCGCUGGCUCAUGGCGUUCGCAUUUUAUACAAGCGUUUGUUUAGCUUUAUUCGUCUUCGAAAAUGGGGCACUAGGUAAGGGCAAGAUAAGAAAAUUUCCUGAAAACUUUGAAUUUGGUGCUUCAACAGCAGCUUACCAAAUAGAAGGAGGAUGGGACGAAGAUGGUAAAGGACUUUCGAUUUGGGACAUAGCCACACACACAGAGCCUUCUUACAUACAAGACGGGAAAACAGGUGAUGUCGCAACAGACUCUUACCACUUAUACAAAAGAGACGUUGAAAUUAUUAAAGAGCUUAAGCUCGACUUCUAUAGAUUCUCGGUGUCAUGGCCCAGGAUACUCCCAAACGGUUUCGCGAACAAAAUCAACCAACCUGGCAUCGAUUACUACAACAAUUUGAUAAAUGAACUGAUUUCUAACAAUAUAAAACCUUUCGUAACAAUCUACCACUGGGAUUUGCCACAAAAUCUCCAGAAUCUAGGCGGGUGGACGAACCCUGCAAUCAUCGAUUGGUUCGGAGAUUAUGCGAAAGUCUUGUUCGAAAAGUUUGGUGACAGAGUGAAGCACUGGAUUACUAUAAACGGGGCUAAACAUAUAUGCUUUGAAGGGUACGGGUCAGAUCUUAAAGCGCCAUUUUUAAAUAUGACAGGGAUUGCAGAGUACAUGUGCACUAAAAAUGUAUUGUUAUCGCAUGCUAAAGUGUACCAUUUGUAUGACGAGCACUACAGAAGUUUGCAAAAUGGCAGUAUUGGUAUAUCAGUUUAUUGUACUUGGUUCGAGCCAGCUUCGGAAACACUUGAUGAUUAUCUAGCCGCGGAGGAUUCAAAGAUGUUCGACUGGGGACAAUACAUGCAUCCAAUAUUUUCCAAAUUAGGCGACUUCCCCAAGGAAGUUAAAAGAAAUGUAGCACUAAAAAGUGCUGAACAAGGCUAUCCAAGGUCUCGUCUGCCGGAGCUGUCGGAUGACGAAGUGACCCAUAUUCAGGGAAGUGCAGAUUUCCUCGGAAUUAACACAUACACAAGCAGAUUGGCGUAUAGAGAUGCAUCAUUAGAUGGUUUGUACGCCGUGCCUUCGUUUGGUGAUGAUGUGGGUGCAGUUUUUGUUAAAGAUCCAUCAUGGCCACUAUCACAAUCUAAUUGGUUGGCAGAAGUACCACGGGGAUUAUACAAACUGUUAAAAGAAGUCAAAAGACUCUACGACAAUCCGUCGGUGUACAUUACUGGAAAUGGUUGGUCUACUGCAGGUGGACUACUCGAUGACGAUCGAGUUAACUACAUUCGGAGCUAUCUCAAUGCGCUUCUGGACGCGGUGAAUGAAGGGUCCAAUGUGAAAGGAUACUCAGUGUGGUCUUUGAUGGAUAAUUUUGAAUGGACUCACGGAUACACAGAGAAGUUUGGACUUUAUGAAGUAGAUUUUACAAGUCCCGUAAAAACAAGGACACCUAGAAAAUCAGCUUUUAUUUAUAAAGAAAUGAUUAGAACAAAAACCCUGGAUCCCGAUUAUGAACCAGAAAAUUUUGUAGAAGUUGAAGAGAAGAAAAUUAAAAUAGAUUAACAUUUCUUCACAUUGAUUUUUUUCUGAAUAAAAAACAAUUACGUAAAUAUCA